UUUGUUGAUGUUUCAAGGGAGUGGGAGUUGCUUUCAAUUCGCAGACGUCAUAACAAUUUUCGUAUUGCGAAUUUCACUGGCAGUGAGAAUCCUUGAAUCGUAAGCGUGCAAGUUAAUCACUCAUCGUAAUUAUGUGUAUUUAGUUCAAUGUGGUACUGGGAUCGUCGUGAACUAGCCAAUCAUGGGAGACACGCUCCUCGGGAGUGUUUUCACUUUACACGAGGCAAAACAACACGCGCCCAGUCAACAAGUACUCAAUGAUCUGCGCGACUUAGUGAAGCGAUGCCAGACAAAGUAUGGCGGAAAAAAAGAAUUGGCCACAGAUGAAGACGACCUGAUUGUGAAGCUGUGCAAUAGUUGGGAAGCUGUACUGUCGCAUGGUCUGAAGGCACCGCACACAUCCGUUCUGAAGAAUGUCCAGGACAUUGUGUCGGGCAACAGCACGGAAGCGACUUUCUGGGACGUGUUCCAAGUGCACCUGACUAAUCACGAGAGGGAGAGAUAUGAAAGCUUGCAACAUGUUUGGACAAAUCGCGGCAAAACCAAAGCACUUAUAAGAUCAGCGCUCAAUGAACGCUCACUUGAACGCUACAUACUCAUGUGGUUAGCUGAUCCAUCGCUCAAAAACAUAUACGAGCCAUGGGCCUGCUUGCUAGACAAUGAAACCGUAAAUCUCUUGCCUUCUAUGGCAGCCGGACUAAGUUCUAUCCUCUUCUCUAUAAUAGCCGACACUCCUACCAUUAACGUAACUAAGACAGAUUUGCGAAAAACGGAACCCGUAAUCGCAGCUCCACGGGCUGUAGGGCCCUCUAAGAAGUCUGUAAGAGUCAAAAGACAAAUUGUUUCAUUCGAUGAUAAGCCAACCGUAGACUUUUCGAAUCUGAAUAACGGAAACAAUGAUUCGUCAACAUAUCUAAGUACUUCACCAAUCACCACGAUUUAUGGGCGAGAAGACUAUGUUGCUGCUCCGAUUGACAUUGAAAGCUAUUUUCCAAAACCUGAGGUCGUAUUCCUCGACGAUAAUGACAUUCUACACUCAGAAGACGAAGCUUUAACCAAAAGUUCGCCGUCGGUGUCUAACACCACUGCGGAAGUGAGUACAUCAUCUUGCCAUAGCGAAGAUCGUUUUUCAGUUGAAAGCUCAAAUUCUUCAACGGACUCGAAAAAUAAUGCCACUGUGGCUCUGCUGGAGGAACGAAUCAAGGAAUUAACUGAGCGCUGUACAUUCCUUGAAUCGCGAGUGGCUUCAUUGAGCUUGGAAAACUGCAAUCUUCGCCGUCUAGUGAAUAUGAACAAUAAAUCUUUGGAAUUUAUUGUUAGCAUACCAAGAGUUGUAUUAUUACGGUCUGGUGCUAGGAAAUAUUACGCUUACCACAUUCAUGUGAAUUCAACGAACGGGCUGGACGAAUGGACCACAUUGCGUAGAUAUAGUGAAUUUUAUAAAUUGCAUAGCUUACAUAAGGAAAAUCCAAGCGUUAAGGCUUUGGAUUUCCCGCCAAAGAAAGCACUGGGAAAUAUGGAUAUUUCUUUCGUUGAAGAUCGAAGACAACGUCUGCAAGUUUACUUAAGACAUUUGCUAGCUAUUUUACCCGAUGUUAUUUCCUGCAAAACCCGUGCUGAAUUGCAAAGCAAAUUUCCAUUUUUGAAGUAGGAAGACUUAAGAUAACAGUUUUAUAUGAAUGACCAACCGACUAGGAAGAAUCGUUAUUUUAUAUCAGAAGGAAAAGUCAAAUAAAUGUUUAUUUAUUAUCAGUUA